AUGCAAGACAAUUAUGAGCAGAUUAUGCAACGUAAGUUACUUUUAGUAUAAUAGUUAUUGGUUUUUCUAUGAAUUUUUUGACCUUAGGGCUAAAAAAAGUAUUUUUAUAUGAAAUUUUCGGCCGAAGAACUAAAAAAUUUAUUUUUCUAUGAACUUUUUGGCCAAAAAAAGAAACAAUAUGUUUUUCUAUAAACUUUUUGACCGCAAAAAUGCAAAUUGAGUUUUUUAUCAUAAUCUAUUUUUAAAAUGUUAUUAAAACUUUUAAAUUCCAAUUUUCAGCAAAUGAACUCGGCGCUCCACCGCCAGCUCCACCAAUGCCUCCGCCACCCCCGCCUCCUCCACCACCUCCGCCGCACGGCGCUCCAGCCAAACCCCCUAUGCAGACAUUCUCGAAACAGACCGAAGCCAACGAAGUGACAGCCGAAGACAGCGAAUUGGAGGAGUUGCAGGAGGAGUUGGCCAAGUCAUUCCGCAAAACCGGAUUUGUUUCCAUCGGCAUCGUCGCGCUUAUUGGAGUUUUGGUACACAUAGUCUGUUUCGUGUUUCUUUUUACUGACUUUUUGGGUAUCAAGUAG